ACGAGGCUGGAUAGCUCUAACAAGGCAGGAAGCCUGCUUUUCUGUCUGUAGAGAUUUCUGCUUUGGGACAAGUCAAAUCACUUAAUAUUCCGAAUUGCUUUGAACUGACACAACACUUCUCCCUCUCUUUCAGAAAUAAGGAAUUCUGGUGCCUAAAGUGGAUCACUGCUCUUCUAGGAUGAUAACUUCCUUGCUGUGGUUCUCCCUCCCGUGCCUGGUGCGAGCCUUUGAGAGGCCUGAGAGAUGGACCAACAACGGAAGUUUGGAUGGAGACUUUGGGAUCCUCAAUGUAUCCAGUUUUUUCCCCUGGGGCAACUACUCAUUUUCAGAUUGGCAAAACUUCGUGGGCAGAAAGAGAUAUGGGGCAGAAUCUCAGAAGCCUAUGGUGAAAGCUCUGCUCAUUGUGGCAUAUUCCUUCAUCAUUGUCUUCUCUCUCUUUGGAAAUGUCCUGGUCUGUCAUGUUAUCAUCAAGAACCAGCGAAUGCAAUCAGCCACCAGCUUGUUCAUUGUCAACCUGGCAGUAGCUGACAUAAUGAUAACCUUGCUUAAUACUCCCUUCACUUUGGUCCGUUUUGUGAACAGCACAUGGAUAUUUGGGAAGGGCAUGUGCCACAUCAGCCGAUUUGCUCAGUAUUGUUCCCUCCACGUUUCAGCCUUGACCCUGACAGCAAUUGCUGUGGACAGACACCAGGUUAUCAUGCAUCCUUUGAAACCCCGAAUCUCCUCUACAAAAGGACUUAUUUCUAUUGCAGUCAUCUGGAUCAUGGCUACCUGCUUUUCCCUCCCACAUGCUAUCUACCAAAAACUGUUUACCUUUAAAUACAGUGAAGAUGUCGUCCGCAGUCUGUGCCUCCCAGACUUCCCAGAUCCAGCAGACCUCUUCUGGAAGUACCUGGAUCUGGCAACCUUCAUUCUGCUUUACAUCUCACCUCUUCUCAUCAUUUCUGUGGCUUAUACUCGCAUGGCCAAGAAGCUCUGGCUGCGCAAUGCCAUUGGUGAUGUGACCACAGAGCAGUACUAUGCCCUUCGACGGAAAAAGAAGAAGACCAUCAAGAUGCUGAUGUUGGUUGUGGUGCUUUUUGCUGUCUGUUGGUUCCCCUUGAACUGCUAUGUCCUCCUUCUCUCCAGUAAGACCAUCCGGAGCAAUAAUGCCCUUUAUUUUGCUUUCCAUUGGUUUGCCAUGAGCAGCACCUGUUAUAACCCCUUCAUCUACUGCUGGCUCAAUGAGAACUUCAGAUCUGAGCUGAAGGCUUUGCUGAGCAUAUGCAAAAAGGCACCCAGGCCUCGGGAACAUAUGCUUCCUUCUACAAUUCCCUCUUAUCGAGUGGCUUGGCCAGAAAGUGGCAACUGCAAGGGGGUACAAGGCCCUGGCAACCUCCCAACUGCCUCCAAUGGUCAUUCAGCUAAGACAGAUAUCUCCUCUGUAGAUCCUAUUGUGGCAGUGAGUUAAAUAAGGCCAAGGCAAUGAUGAAAUAGAAACCCUUUGUGUGAGAAAAAUAAGCAGAGAUGCCAAAAGCUUUGCUGCUCCUUUGCCUCAGACACCCAAAUCUGGAUAAAAAUAGGGGCCAAUUUAGGCAGGCAUUUCCUGGAGAAGUCUCAUGAAGUCCCAUCUCAUGUAAAUAUAUAUAUUUGUAUGUAUCAUCUCCUGCACACAUUUCCAGUGGCUCUCCAACCUAACUGUAUUAGGUGUUUGAACUUUCAGACCACCUGACAAGUACAUGAACUGUAUCUAUGAGUUGGAUGCUUGUAUGGGAGGAGAGACUACUUGUAGUCUUGGAGAGAAGCCUGGAUUGACUAAGCAGGACAGAUAUCUACAUGUAGCCAUGUCAGUGAAUCUAAGCAGGCAACAAUGUUAAUGGUUUUUAUUUAUCCAUAAAAUUUUGGUGGAGUAAGUGGAGCCUAAUUGCAUCUGUUGCAAGUCAAGAAAGAGAAAGAGUAGAUGAGGGAUCUUACUUAAUUCUCACCUAAAUUAUGGUAAAAGGUAAAUGAGAACAAAUCAACAAGUGAUUGUUCUGUUCCCUUAUCCCAGGAGCCUUUUUUCUUUUUUAAAUCAGGAUAGAUGAAAAGAGGAGAAAAAAGAUCCAGUUGAAGAAAUUUUCACUGUAUGGUGGUUACCAGAAUCAUAUCAUAGCAACCGAAAUGGAGAAGUCUCCAACAGCUCAAGUGUCUUUCUCUUCAGUCUGUAGAAAAGAGUAAUGAGUGUGAGUAAUGAGGCCAAAAUGGGAGGAAAAUAUCUUCUCUUUAGCAGCUACAUAGGAAGGAAAGGGGGUUGAGAAAUGCUCUUCUUUCAAAGGACAAAAAAGAAUAGUCUAAGAAACUUUCGAGAGAAAAAUUUCAUUAUCUCCCUAGACAGAUUAUAGUUUGGCAUUUAUCUAGUAUUUUUACCCAGUAAAAUUGUUACUUCCAGUGGAUUUUUGAAUGAGGUCACACAGCAGUACCAGUCAAGGAUAGCAAUGUCUCACAUGCCACUUAAAAUAUGUGUAUUCUCACCAGCCUUCUCAAGGAUCCAAUUUUCAGGGACAUCUUGGUUGAACAAGUUCAGGGCAUACCAUUUAGCCUAGAGAGGCUCAUAGGGGGCCAUUAAGAAAAGUGAAGUGUUGAUUGGCAUUAUUUUGUGUGCAACCAGUUUGUUGUGGGGGAUUGAUGCACAUAUACUGCAGCUACUUAUUAGAUUGAUUUCUUGCCCUGUAGUGGAUUUUUAAAGCAUAACACAAGUAUGAUCAGAAAAGCAAUAUCUCGUUAAAUAGACCUUGUUGUGAGUGAAACUGAACCACCUCAAAGGAUGGACAAAAAACAAACGGGAAGUGAUUCCUAUGCUGGACCAAAGAAGCCAAAAAACCUGAGGAUGCCAUACUUGAGACUGACAUUGGUCAAGUCACUGAAUUUGAUGUUUGUUGUGACUAUUUUCUUUGUGCUGCAGGUUCCUGAAGAGUAGAGGAGAGAGUGAAAAUCUAGCUGCUCAGGUGCUACAUCCUUCUACAGGAGGUGUUUCCUGAACUCUCCAGUUGUUACUAUUUUUUCCUUUCCUCCAAAUUAUUUUGUAUUUAUUUUGUAUAUUCUUUGUAUUUACUUAACUGUGUGUGUCAUUCAUAGGGUUCUUGAGGAUGAUUGCCCCAAUCAAAUAACAUUAUAUUCCCUACGUCUAGCAAAAUCCCACCCCUCUUGAAAUCCCAAAGAUAUAGACUCCUUAGUUCCCUAAUUGAAAACGAUCCCUUUCCCUUGCCAUCACUUCCUGUUCAUUUAUUGCUAUUGACCUCUGCCUUAUCCCUUACACAUACCAAUCCAAUUCUAUCUUGACCUUUCAUUUUGCUCUUUGUUAACAGUUCUAUUGUUAACCUUCCUUUCAUCGUCAUCCUCUUCCUCUAGUGAUCCCUCCAAACCCUGACAUUCAAAGACAUCUAGUUCCCUACAAAAGCAUCCCUGAACAUCUUUUCCAGUACUAAUGAUACAAACUGCUGUUGUAUCUUUCCUGAAAUUACCUUGUAAUUAUUUUGUGAAUUUUUCUAUAUGUUCAUCUGUGAACAUGCUGUCUCCUCUGAUAAAAUGGAAACUCCUGCCCUAGAAGGUCAGGAUUGUUUUUGUUUUUGUAUCCCUAGUACCAUGCCUGACAUAUGGUAGGUACUAAAUAAAUGUUUGUAGAUUGAAUAAUUGAUGUUAUUCCCCUCAUCCAAGAACAUAGUCUUCUUGAAGGCAGAAACUAUUUUAUUUUCAUCAUUGAAUGCUUAGCACUUAGUUCAAUGCCUGGGACAAAGAAGAUACAUAAUAAAUACUUGUUACAGUGGAUUGAACUUGUCUUUGUUGUAGAUCUUGAGUUCUGCCUUUUUUUUUUUUUUUAACGUGAGGAUAGAAUUUACUUGUGGUGCCAUAGGAAGAACAUGAAGAAAUGGACUUUCUCCAUGUUGGUGAAGUUAGUGAUAUAUCUGUGUAGAUAUCUCUUUGUAGAGAGACCUUGCUCUUGGAGAAGGAGCCUAAAUUUCCUGUGUGUCCAUAUUUUGGCCAAGUAAAAGCUGUCCAUUUAAUGUGUGUAAAUGUGAUCUCAGCAGAACUUGAGUUGCCCACAAAAGUGCUAUAUGAUUAUUGUAAAAUAUAAUCUAAACUCAGCUACUUGAGAAUCAUAAUAAAAUUUAUUUGAGA